AAUGCCUCAGGUGUGGAUGAUUGUGGAAGUGGAAGUGGAGGUGGAGGUGGGAAGUGGGAAGCUGGAGACAAAAGGCGGCGAAAAGGCGAUCGAGGCACCGCCUCGGCGACGCUAUGCGUUUAUCGGCGGGACUCUCGCCCGUCAAGGUUCACGCCUAGAAAAGAAACGAAACAAGGCCCGGCUUUUUGCCACAUUACCUACACAUUUUGUCCGAUACCUUCAGCAUAAUAUAUAAUCAUGGUCUAAUGCCAUCGCAUGCUCGCAAUCUUCAGUUCACUGACACCGAAGCUAUCUGGAAAGCCAUCGUUCUCCAUCAUGCACCACUUACUCCUCCUGCAGCUUGUCUUCUCCCUCCUCCUUUCUCCUGCGCUGUCACUCGGAAAUUCAGCCAAACCGCCCGGCAAAGAUGCCAUCCUCCUCUCUCGCGUCCACGCGCUCACCCUCCGCGACAACCGUCUCACAAGCUCCCGGCGCGUCCCCCCGAUCCCCCAGCUGAAAUGCACGGGACCUUCCAAGCGGAUUUGCGAUAUGUACCCGAUCGAGACGAUGCGGUGCACGAACGAAGGCUACGACUACGAUGAAGAAGAUGUCCAAUGGACAUGCACCACUUCCCUCCCGGCCGAAUUCAAGCUCGGCGCGACCGACGUAGUGUGCGAGGGAUACCGAAACGCGGACGAUAAGUGGGUGUUGAAGGGCAGCUGUGGUGUCGAAUACCGGUUGCUGCUGACGGACCUGGGAGAGAAGAGGUUCGGUAGCAGUAGCGACAGCUUCUGGCCUCAGAAUGCGUCCAGGGCCGGCUGGAGUGGCGUUUUUGGGGCCAUCGGGAAUCUCAUAUUCUUUGGCUUCAUGGGUGCGUGCUUCGUGAUGAUCCUGUGGCCGAUGCUGAGAGACUGCUUUGGGCUGCGGGGGAAUCGACGAGGCCAGAAUGGUGGGGGUGGUGGUUGGGGUGGAUUUGGUGGUGGCGGCGGCGGUGGAGGCCCUUAUCCUGGACCUCCACCUCCGUAUACGAGAUCGCCGGAUCCUCGCUUUUCGGGGUCGGACAUGGGUUGGAGACCUGGGUUCUGGUCGGGGGCUUUGGGUGGUGCGGCGGCUGGCUAUGGACUGGGGAGAAGAAGCAAUCGCUCGGGUUCGCCCAUCGCGGGGAGACGGCCUUCUUCGUUCAGGAGAUGGGAUGAUCCAGGAGAAGGAAGUUCGGGUUCGCGUUCUCCGCGCUUCUCAAGCCCGAGCACCAGCACCGGGUUUGGCUCAACGAGGCGCAGGUGAAAUCCAGGAAAAAGCAGUUAUGUCUAGUGAUAGCCAGUUCUUGCAACCAUGGAGCCAUUCAAUCGAGCCUCUCAGCUUUUCAAAAUUUUUUUUUUGCUAGAUAAAACCGAGUACUAAGGCACGAUCUGGAUGACCAAGCGAUUCCGAAUCGGCCGUAUAUACUCACAUGUCAUCAAUAG